AUGGCAGAAGUACAGAUCAACGAUGGAGACCUGACCGGCUUCAAGGGCAAAGUUGCUGUCAUUACAGGUGGUUCGUCUGGUAUUGGUCUUGCGGCAGUCCAGCUUCUCGUAUCUCUAGGUGCACUAGUCGUCAGUGGCGAUAUCCAAGCACCCCCAGCGACUGGCGAUUUUCUCUUUGUGCAGACCGAUAUCAGGAGCUGGACCGACACGACGAAGCUUUUCAAGGCGGCAAAGGACAAGCAUGGCCGAGUCGACUACGUAUUCGCCAAUGCUGGAAUCGGCCCACGCGCCAACUACCUGGGCCUCGAAGUCGACGAGAACGGCGAUCCGAAGGAGCCAAAUAACGACACGGUGAACACCAAUCUGAACAGCGUCGUCAACACUGCCACAUUGGCCGCCCACUACAUGAAGGACCAGGCCGAAGGCGGAUCUAUCGUGCUUAUGGGAUCCAGCACGGGUCUGCACCCUGUCCGAGCGGUCGAUUACUCAACCGCCAAAGCUGGUGUCCUCGGCUUCGGCCGCAGCUUUGCGCGUCUGGUAGAAGUAGCCGGCCUCCCCAUACGAGUCAACACUCUCGCCCCCUCAUGGACGGCAACACAAGUCCUGCCUGAUCUGGAAAAUCUCCUGGCCGCAGUUUCCCAGAACUGCCAGUCCACUGCUGUGGUUGCGCGCGCAGCCGCUUACUUGAUGGCCGAUAAGUCUAGACAUGGAGACGUCAUCUUUGUGUGUGAUGGCAACUACACUGAGAUUGAGAAAGCGGUGCUUGCCCCGGCAUAUGAGUCUAUUAAGGGGGAUACGCUUAGCGAUGAUGCUGUUUUGGCCAAGGUUAUGGCGUUAGGUGGUUAG